AGUAGAAUUUUAUUUUUACUUAUAGAAGAAGCAGAAAAGUUAGACGUACAAGCAAACAAGUCAAGUAUUUCGAUAUUUGUAUUUUAAAACCAAAGAUACUGCUUAUAUUGUCGAUAAUCCACAAUAUUUAUUAAAUUUACUUAGGUGCACUCCCUACCUCUAAGACAUUGCGUGGCACCACACGAAAAUCUUCAUAUCUGCGAUUUUAAAACAAUAUAUAAAAGUUUGAAAAGUAGCGUUGCGCUUUCACAUAUUAUCCAAGAGAAAACUACCAUGCAAUCAUCCACACUUCGAUGGUGUUUAAUAAGCGCGUUAUUAACGCUACUGUUUACUAUAGCCUAUCACCCUGUUUCUGCUGUGGAAUUUACAUUUGAUUUGGCGGACAAUACGGAAGAUUGCUUCUUUGAAGAAGUGAGGCGUAACACAACAUGCUAUCUAGAGUUUCAAGUAUCAGCCGGUGGUCAACUGGACGUGGACGUGACGUUGACAAACCCACAUGGCAAAUUGGUAUACGAACAACAGCGAGCUACAUUUGACAGUCAUCAAUUUACGGCUGAGGCGACGGGUGUUUACAAAGUUUGCUUUAGCAAUCAAUUUUCUUCAUUCUCUCACAAAAUUGUCUACGUUGACUUCCAAGUCGGCGAGGAGCCAGCAUUGCCUGGAAUCGACGAACAUGCCACCGUACUGACGCAAAUGGAAACGUCCUCGCAAUCGAUUCACAAAAGUCUCAAUGAUAUACUUGAUGCACAAACACACCAUCGUCUGCGCGAGGCACAAGGUCGCAAACGUGCAGAAGAAUUGAAUGAGGCCGUACUGGUGUGGUCAGCUCUUGAGACGUUUAUAAUAAUAGUUAUCGGCUUUGGGCAGAUUUUAAUUUUACGAGGCCUUUUCUCAAAUCGGAAGCCUAGUGAUACACGAUAUAGUCAAUUGCGGUAGAAAAUUCAAUAAUAUAAUAAAAUCGAAAACGAAAACAAGUGAUUGGAAAAAGGAGGAAUCGACGAUAUGUAUGGACGAUGUAAAAAAGAAAUAAAGGAUGUACAAUUCAGGGCCAAGAGGUUGCAUCUUAAUUUUUGCUUACGCUUAUAAUUUUGAUAAACUGUUUCCAAAAUAUAAACAAAGAUAGUAUACCAUUCGAAUUAUGUUUGAAACCUUUAAGAUUUGGUUAUUUCAAAACAAAUUGUAAUAAACAGUUUCUACAAAUUGCUGCUAGUAUUCAAUCAAUCCCUCCUCAACAAGCUUCUUGAAAUUUUGUCAUUUAAAUACGAAUUAUCAAUGCACUUAAAAAAACACGAAUAAUAAAAUAGUACGUAAGCUUAGUGUCAUAAAUAUUAAAAGCUUUCAGAGCUCGAAUGCAAUU